ACUGCAGCUCUGUCCGGCCGGAGGCAGAGGGGAUGUCUGGACUCACCCAAAAACUUUCUACCGAAGUCACCUCGUUAAACUAACUUUUUUUCCUGUGUUGAAACAGAGACACGAUCGGCACAUUCACUUGAGUCACUUGUGAAUGACUUUUCCAUCCUCCUCUCUCGCGCUCUCUCUUUUUUAUUUUUUAUAAACUUCUCUUUGGGAUACGCUUCCAAGACACGUAAUGGCUUUGCUAUCACUCGCGUUACUCCUGGUAGGAUUUGUAGUGACUUCAGCUGUCAAGGCUGGCGAAGACGCGAGAGAGGGUCCUUUAACCAGCCGACUGAAGGAAUACGGCCUGGUCACUCCAUUCAGCACCGACUCUCACGGAAAUUACUUGUCGCACCUGUUGUCUGCCACUCACAAGCAGCGGGUGAAAAGGGAGACUGUUCCUGCUGCAGAACAGGAGCAGAGACUUUUCUUCAACAUCACCGCCUUCGGUAAAGAGUUUCACCUGCGACUGCGACCAAACACCCGGCUGGUGGCCCCUGGCGCGGUGGUGGAGUGGCACGACGAUGAAGGGAAUUCCAGCGACAACACGUUUGGCAUGAACCAGACAGACUCGCCAGAGAGGACAGGGCGACGCGAGCUGCUCAAGACGGACUGCACCUUCGUCGGCGACAUCACAGAUGUCCCCGGGGCCUCUGUUGCUAUAAACAACUGUGAUGGAUUGGCUGGAAUGAUUCGCACAGAUGCAGACGAGUACUUCAUCGAGCCUCUGGAGAGAGGGACCCAGGAGCUGGAGGAUGAAGGCCGGGUCCACGUGGUGUACCGCAGGUCGGCUGUUCUGCAGGCCUCCUCCGACGUCUCUCGGGAUUACCAGGAAAAAGAACCCGAUCUGGAUAUAAGCGGAACGCUCGACUCCCUGGCGAGACAAGUCAACGAGACUGUCAACCGUCGCCGGCGCCGCGAUGCGGGGGAAGACGACUACAACAUUGAAGUUCUGCUGGGAGUUGAUGACUCGGUUGUUCGCUUUCAUGGGAAGGAACAUGUACAGAACUACCUCCUGACACUCAUGAAUAUUGUGAAUGAGAUUUACCACGACGAAUCACUGGGGGUCCACAUCAACGUGGUCCUUGUGAGGAUGAUCAUGCUGGGGUACGCCAAGUCCAUCAGCCUCAUUGAAAGAGGAAACCCAUCACGGAGCCUUGAGAACGUGUGCCGCUGGGCGUUUGUGCAGCAGAAGGCCGACACAGAACAUGCCGAACAUCACGACCACGCAAUUUUCCUCACUCGCCAAGGUUUCGGCCCCACUGGAAUGCAGGGAUACGCUCCAGUAACAGGCAUGUGUCAUCCAGUCAGGAGUUGCACCCUCAACCAUGAAGAUGGCUUCUCAUCCGCCUUUGUUGUGGCUCACGAGACGGGACACGUGCUGGGCAUGGAGCAUGAUGGUCAAGGCAACCGCUGCGGGGAUGAGACGGCGAUGGGGAGUGUGAUGGCUCCUCUGGUGCAGGCAGCUUUUCACCGCUACCACUGGUCCAUGUGCAGCGGGCAGGAGCUGAAGAGAUACAUCCACACGUAUGACUGCCUCCUGGACGACCCCUUCAAACAUGACUGGCCGCAGCUUCCUGAGCUCCCUGGUAUCAACUACUCCAUGGAUGAGCAGUGCCGCUUCGACUUUGGUGUUGGCUACAAGAUCUGCACAUCGUUCCGCACAUUCGACCCAUGUAAGCAGCUGUGGUGCAGCCACCCUGACAACCCUUACUUCUGCAAAACCAAAAAGGGCCCUCCACUGGACGGGACAGAAUGUGCUCCGGGGAAGUGGUGCUAUAAAGGUCACUGCAUGUGGAAGAACCCGAACCAGGUCAAACAAGAUGGCGCCUGGGGUGCCUGGGGCAAGUUUGGGUCGUGCUCCCGCUCAUGUGGCACAGGAGUUCGCUUCAGGACACGACAAUGCAACAACCCAGCACCCUCCAGUGGUGGCCAGGACUGCGGUGGUCUCAACUACGAGUAUCAGCUAUGUAACACGGACGACUGCCCCAAGCACUUUGAAGACUUCCGAGCUCAGCAGUGUCAGCAGCGCAACGCCCACUUUGAAUUCCAAAACUCUAAACACCAUUGGCUUCCCUAUGAACAUCCAGAUGGCAACAAGAGAUGCCACUUGUACUGCCUGUCGAAGGAAACAGGAGAUGUUGCUUAUAUGAAGCAGCUGGUGCAUGAUGGGACAAGGUGUUCGUACAAGGAUGCAUACAGCAUAUGUGUCCGAGGGGAGUGUGUGAAAGUUGGCUGCGAUCGAGAAAUCGGUUCAGCCAAAGUGGAGGACAAAUGUGGCGUCUGUGGAGGGGAUAACUCUCACUGCCGCACCGUGAAGGGAACCUUCACUCGCACACCCAAGAAACCUGGGAAGACGAGAGGAGCCUUCUCGCUGCCGAAAGGAGCUCGCAAUGUGAUUUUAAAUGAAACCGAGGACUCUAGAAAUGUUCUUGCCAUCAAGAAUCAGGCGACUGGCCACUACAUUCUCAACGGGAAAGGAGAGGAAGCCAAAUCCCGGAGCUUCAUAGACUUGGGUGUGGAGUGGAACUACAUCUUAGAAGGAGACGUGGAGACUCUGCACACAGACGGACCUCUGCACGACCCCGUCGUGGUUCUGAUUAUACCCAAGGACAAUGAAACGCGGUCUACAUUAAUGUACAAGUACAUAAUUCACGAAGAUUCCGUUCCUGUGAACAACAAUAAUGUGAUUCAAGAGGACACUUAUGAGUGGGCUCUGAAGAGCUGGUCUCCCUGUUCCAAGCCAUGUGCCGGAGGUUACCAAUAUACCAAGUACGGUUGCCGUAAGAAGGGUGACACCAAAAUGGUCCACAGGGGAUACUGUGAUGUCAGCAAGAAACCCAAACCAAUCCGUCGAAUGUGCAACCUUCAGGACUGCACGCAGCCUCAAUGGAUCUCAGAGGACUGGGAGCAUUGUACCAAAACUUGCGGCAGCCUGGGAUUUCAGAUCCGGACAGUUCGCUGCAUGCAGUUCCUCCAUGACGGCACCAACCGCUCCAUCCACAGCAAAUACUGCAGCGGAGAGAAGCCGGAGAGUCGGCGAUCCUGCAACCGAGUUCCCUGUCCUUCUCAGUGGAGGGCUGGCGCCUGGUCAGAGUGUUCCGUGACUUGUGGUGAUGGAAUGGAGCGACGACUGGUCACUUGCCGGAUUGGAGACCAGUGUAGCGGGGACAAACCUGAAAAUGUACGAACCUGCAGACCUGGACCCUGCCAUGAUGAGCCAUGCAAUGGAGACAAAUCUAUCUUCUGCCAAAUGGAGGUGCUGGCGAGGUACUGCUCCAUCCCUGGCUACAACAAACUCUGCUGCGACUCGUGCAGCAGGCGCACGGGUGCCUUCUCUCUCUUCUCGGAGGCGGCUGAGACAGAGGAGCACAUCCGUUUCGGCUCUGCCUCGCAGCUGCUUGAGACCCUCACGGCUUCUGUCGCUGCCAACGGCACUCGCAACGGUAAACAAAUCCUGGGCAAAGGAUCCGUGACGCAGGGCAACUCCAUGAAACGCACCACCCCAGUGACCAUCAAGAAGACACCGGCCAAGACCACCACGGUGCCAAAGCGAGUUCCAAGGCACGCCGACCUCAUCGCGGAUGCUUCAUCCCUGUCAGAUCCGGCUCCGGGUCAGAGAGCUGGCAGCUUCACGCACAGUCAGUGGCCUGCGGUAGACUCUGAAGUGGAGAGAUGAGAGUGAUGCCCUUGCGCUAUAGGACUCAAAAUGUACAAUAGGUAUCCAGCUUCACCCCGAGUCUUCUCACACCAGAAACAACUUUUUUUUUUAAAGUGCUGGUUCACUUUGGCUCUAUAAUCACCCAUUUUCUCGAGAAUUUCAGUAAGACUUCAACACCAAUUCUCACUGCAACAUUUUUUAAACCACAGUAUCAAAGAGGGAACAGCAACUGAACAACCUGGCGAAUCAAUUGACACAACACUGGGUUCAUUACUUUAACUGCUCCUUGUUAGUAAACAAACAAAGCUGCAAAAAAUACAGCGCCUCCUGUUGUUCAAUAGAACACUGUGAAUGGCCGUAUCAUAAUAGUUGGCUGCUGCUGUCCAAAGCUGUGUGUACCUCAAUAGGCUUUUUUUUCCCACAGUUGUUUCAUUUUAUUGGUGCAAAUUAUGGAAUCCAGACAGUCUCUAACUUCACAUUUGAGCUCCCACUGAAUUCAACAAAUGGACGGAAGGGACAUAGCCUCACAUACAGUCUGAGUAUCUCUUUGUUUUAAACUACAGUCCCUCUGAGAGCACAAAUGAAUCUGUUCCUUUAGUGCAGUAGAAGAGAAAGCAACUGACAACUAGCAAGUUAAAGAACAGCUUGCAGUUGGACCAAUCAGAAGACAGCAAUUCUGGGUGAAGGAUGAUUAGUGUAUAGAUGCUGACAUUUAAUUUCCUUUCUCCAGAAUCUUUCUACACAACACGAUCCUGGGGCAGACGCUCCGUCAGUCUCGUCCUGUCCAUCAAGCUCAGCCAUUGAAAGCAGCUGUUUAAACUGCAGACUGUUUCUCUCGACGUCGCCACAGACAUUCAACAAUCAUUCACACUAUUUAUUAAAACCUCUGUCAACUCAGUACACAACUCUAUCAGCAGAGUCAUUCUAUUGUGGAGGAGUGGAUGAUAAUGGCCCACUGUUUAUUUACUGCAGGCGCCGACAAGAGUCACUUUCGUGGUGACAAUUACCAUCAGUUCAGGGAGGAGACAACAACCCUCAAAGGCUGCUGGUAAUUUCCAACACUGCGUGGUCGGAGAGCCAAAUCUGAGUCGCAUCGCUCCAAAGUAGCCGACCCAUUCUAAGGGAAUUCAUGCCAUUCAAAAGAGAGAAAAUCUCCGCCUGGCAAUAAAACAUAGUCAAAAGAGUAAAUUACCAAUGAAAGAUUCAGUAACUGCUGCCAACUCCGAACAUGAUAUUUGACUCUUUGUAGUCAAGGAGAAACCGAUGGCAGCUUGAAAGAGAGACAUUUUCUAUUGUUGAGACGACACAGCAAGAAGGUGUCUGCCUUCUCUUUCUGCUCCGCUUGUGUUUGAUCUUGUCAUUUCAUGACUGGAGUCCCUGCAGAGCAUGCAGCAGGGUCUCUGAGCGGUGGCAUGGAGGGAACAUGCCAACGGAUGCACUCAUUACGGCUGAGUCUGCGAGGAAAUGUAUGCAGAAGGCAAACUAUACCUCCAGAUGAAGAGAAAUGUGGCCAACACCUCUGUCAUACAACAUGCUUUUGUUUUUGGUGCUAGAAAAAGUGAGACAGGUUUUUCAACCAACAAUACCAAACUUUUCAUUUACUUUUCACAUGACUGACCACAAUUUUUUUGUCUUCUUACAGGCUAUAAGAACGAAUAGGAAAUGACUUAAUAAACCAAAGAAAUGGGUGCUGAAUAAUAGCAGACCAAGUCAGCUGAGUUUGUCUACCUCACAAGUCACACAAACAUUCUGUUUACAUCAAAAGCAAUAUCGGUCACAGAGAACUGAAAUGAGUGAAUCAUGGCAACUCUUGGAUACUUGACUCUAGGCUUCCCAUCAGGGGUCCCCACUGCUCCUACUUGACAACACAUUCUCACUCUCACUCCUGAGGCAUCACUUAUGGACUGUCGGGACUUUGAACAGAGUCAGUUUCAAGCUCUCAUUGAGAACAUCAGAUGUGACUUGGCAAAUGCGAUCGCUGUCGACAUUGAAAGCUAAAUGCAUUCACAUGCAACUUCUGCAUCACUUGGGGACAGUAGUUGACAUUACCUUUUGCCUUAGGGAGUGAGAAUGCGAUUGUGGUCAUCCAUCUUCGUCUCAUUCAUAUUCAUGAACCUCAUUGGUUGUCUUCCUCUUUUUACUAGCAUCUCCAUUCUGAAUAUGAUAACAAAUGUGAACCAUGGAAUGAAUAUAAAGUUUUGAAACGCAUUUAGUUGCAGCCGACCAACCAAUGUGUGUUCGGAUCAGCUGUGCUUAGCGAAAAAGUUGCAUUUCUUAUUUACUACACUGAGAAAAUAAAUGUAUGUUUCUGCCCUUAACCAGGGUUUUUUUGUUGGACAAAACUUCAAGUUACAGUUUAACAUAUUAUGCAUCAACAUCUACACAUCUUGAAAAUAAUGCUCCAAAAUCAUUUCUGCCGAGAUCAGCUGAUAAAUACUCAUUCAUUCGAUACACUUGAAGCUGUGUAAUCAUUGUUGACAAAAGCCGUGCCAAACUCCCAUAGAAGCCGUGGAAGCGUCAAUAACCCUUCACACUUCCAAAAUGAUUGUUUCAUGAGGCUUCCAGCUGAUUCCACUCCAUUAAGCCUUGUGUUCUUUGUGUUUCUCAUUUUUAUUUAACAGUGAUUUGUUAUCUGGGGUUGAAAAGUUUGAAGGGAGGAAGCUUAGAAGAUAUUUAUUUAAAUAAAGAAAAUAAGGAUUUCGUCUCAACCACAUGCAUUUGACUGCAAUAACAAGAACACCACGUUGUGUUUUUCUUCUCAACAAGGAAAUAGCGGGCAACUAUUCACACUCACUCCUGUGUGCCAAUGUAUAAAACAUGUAUAUAGCAUUGAGUACAGUUCUAUUUAUUAAAACGCUAGAGGGCUUUUUUUCUUUUUUUUUUUUUUUUUUUUUGUUUACAGUAUGUGCAGUGCCAAAUGACCGACAAGCUCGUCAACAGAAAACUGACAAAAACCUUCUUUACUACAAUUGUUAGGAUAGUAAUGACAUUGUUUUCUCGCAAACAAUUAGUUGUAAAUAUACCUGCUCAAUUUUGAGAUGUUAUUUUGUGUCAGAAAGCUGUUUUUUCCACAGCUGUUUUGUAGAAGUCUUGAGGAAGCUGUUGUGUUACGGCGAUGUGUGCGGACCAGAUAAAGAGAUGCUUCACUUUAACCAUUAAAACAUUAUCAAUGUAGGGUUAUUUUUUGUUUGUUUUGUUUUCUUAAACAGUAUUUGUAGUGUUUUCUAACCAUUUUACAUUUCCUCCCAAGUUCUUGUUUACUUGUAGCCUCUAAAAACAUUGCUGCUAUUGUUAUGCAGAGCUUGUAAUGAUGAGAUAGUUGUAGGUCUUGACAAUCCCUGAACCGCAGACAGAUAAACUGCAUAGGAUCCGCUGGUCACCGUUCCCUGUAAGUCUCCGAGCUGCUUUGGUUACACAUGCGAGUCACUCUGCUUUGUUUGCUUUUCUAUGUAUUUGUGUAGAUCAAAGUGUACUACUGAAGCUGUUUGUAAUAUUGGGGAGCACAU